AAAAAUUGCAACUUGUAAACCGACGAAAAUGGCUCGCCGCAACGUGUGGAGCGGCGAGGAAACGAUGGAACUGCUGGAGAUAAUAAAGGAGCACAACUUUAUGCACCUGUUUGCGACCGCCAGCCGUGGCCAGAAGGAGUACGAUGUGUACCGGAUGAUAGAGGAAGAGAUGCAAAAAAAUGGUUUCAACGGGAAGGACGCGGGACAGAUCUAUCACAAGUGGAAAAACCUCAAGCGUGCCUUCUAUCAAUCGAAGAAGCAAAACAAAGGUCGUGCUAUCUGUGAGUUUGCGGAAGAGCUUGCGGACAUCCUGGAAAAACCGUGUGCCUUGAAGCGCCGUGAACCAGAACCUCCUGUAGAACCAGUCGAGGGUGAACCAGCUCCAGUUAAGAAACGCAACAACUCACAGGUGAAAACGAUCCGAAGUCAGAUUGUCGCAAAGCUUACGAAAGCGCAGAAUGAUAAUAGUGAGGAAUUUGCCAAAAAGUGGAACGAUCUAAACGAUUACGAGUUUAAGCUGUACAAACGGAAGGAAAAGGAGCAAACGGCCAUCAUAAAUCGCUUGCUAGAAGAUAGCAAAACGUCGCUCAUGGGCCGAUGUAGAGAUAUACUGGCAGGGCGGACAAUGCUGAUUAAAAAAGGCGAGAAUGCUGACGAUGAUGAGGAAGAGGAGUACGAAGAGGUUCAUUUAAACGAUGUAAUUGAAAUAGUAGCAACGACGGACGUGGAGAUUGCUCCUGGCGAGGAAGCAGCUGUGAAGGGUUUUCAAAUGCAAUCCGGUGCAUCGGAGCUGAUUGAAUUUAUUUAAUGUUAUAU